GCUGCCUGGUUGCUCAGCUUUAGCUUGAAGUUAAUAUGCCAAACUCCUGACCGCCGAGUCUUAAAGAUCAUGAGACAGUUUGGGCGGCGCACGGCACGGAGAGAGGAUAUGUUCGGCUGUUUGGAAGUUAACCCGAGUUUUAGAGAAACGGUCGUUAAAACUCGUCGGUUUCUUUCCCGCUGAGGGACGAAUCUAGCUAGGAAGGACCGAGUAAGACUCAACUUCUGCCGGAGCGCCAGUCGUAGUCUGAGCGGGGGAGACGUUGGCAGAGGUCGGCGCCCAAAUAACCGUCAAGAAAAGCAGGUUUUACAUUUUACAGAGCGGACUACUUCUUAAUUUUUUGUCACAAUGCUUAAGCUUUGGCUACAGAGAGCUCUCCGACCGACCUUACAGAAGUUACCCUCGGGACUGAAACAGGCACAACCGGCGGUACUGCUGGUGGCGCCGAGGUUGCCGGCGUUAGGGCGACACACGCCGAGCUGCUGGAUGGGCACACAUGGGAGAAACGAGCCGAAUGAGCCGCUCAACUCCCCCAAGAGAGCCAAAGAGUUUAUUUACCGCCUCCAGCCCAAGGAGAGGACGUGUUUACUGAAGGAGCUGCAGAGUUUCGAGUCCAUAGCCAUCGCUCAAGAGACCCUGGAGCCCUCACCGCCGACUGCAGCGCAGAUCAGAUUUGUUUUGUUCCACAACGCCCUCCCCUUUGUUGGCUUUGGCUUCCUCGAUAAUGCAAUCAUGAUUGCAGCAGGAACACAGAUUGAACUCUCUAUUGGAGUCACUCUGGGGAUCUCCACCAUGGCUGCUGCAGCUCUGGGGAACCUGGUCUCAGAUUUGGCAGGUCUCGGUCUUGCAGGUUAUGUGGAGGCCCUGGCUUCCAAACUGGGGAUGCAGGUUCCAGAUCUGACGCCCAAACAGGUGGAUAUGUGGCAGACGAGGCUCAGCUCUCACAUGGGUAAAGCCAUCGGCGUGUCCAUCGGCUGUAUCCUGGGCAUGUUCCCACUGCUGUUCCUGGAUGACGAUAAGGAGAAAGAGGCAGAAGCAAAACCCGGUGACGACGCGGCAUCACGCUCGUCCUAACGGGUCGCUACAGACACACAACACCGUCACACCUACACACUGGAUACUGCUGAUGUCAACUUUAGAAAAUGUCCUCACAGUCUGAUGUUUCUCUGUCCUGCUCAGGCGGCGUUCACACUUUUAUCUUCCUCCAGAUGCUCUGAGGCCGUUUGUGAAGCAUUCACUGGCUGAUGAAAUAUCAGCUCUUUAGAUUCUUUGAUGCACCGAGCCGCGAUGUUUUCAGUCAGAGUCUCACUCUCAUUUAAAUUCACUGAUUGAAAAUAGGUAUAGGUGUCGUAGGGAUUUCACCCGUUCUGAUUCUAUCAUUGGUUCUUCAUAUUGAUCCCAUUCUUCAUUGAUUCCUUUAUAAGCAUCUGCUUCUUCUUGGUUGAUUAAAAACAUUCACAACCCGACAUUUAAAAAAUCAUUAGUCAACAUGGUUUCAAGUGAGCUGUGUUUACUUCCUGUUUUACACUCGAGAUCGUUUUGAUUCGUAGUGUAACAGCAGUGUAAGUAGAGAAGUCACAAAACCAGCAAAUUAAUUCAGUAAUCUCAUUUACACAGCAAUAUUUAUUUAUUUUGUUUAUUUGUUUUUAGCUCAGCAGCUAAGCUGCACAGAUACACAGCUACAACGUGUCAAAUGGAUGAAAUACACUAUUCAUAUUCAAGCUGUAAUGAAAAUAAGAGAAAAAAUAAGAUGUAGGAAAUGUUUCAGAGCUCUUAGUUCUGCCAGUCUCAAUCAAACAACACAGUCAGACAAUUAUAAAACACUAAAAACAAGUUAGAGUCCAUCUAUGGAGCUAUAGAUACUUGUCUUACUAACAUUAGCCACCACAAGCUACUGGUCAUACCAGGUGAGGCUGUAGUGACACACCUGAGUGUAUCGCAGUCAACCAGGGUGUGUUUUAUUCCUUAUGAAAUCAUCUUUUGACAUAUGAGAGGAAGGCUGCGAUUUUCUUCUUUCAGAGGGUAAAUAGUCUAAUUUUAAAGCUUUUAUAGCAGCAUUAGUUUCAGCCUCAGUCUACGGUCCAAGGACAUCUUCAGUAUGUUUCUGUCUUUACCCGGGCUAAGAAAUGAAACUGAGUUGACUUUUGCUGUAUAUAGGAUCCCAGCUUUUCCACACUCUCCUAAGAUCAGUAUUUUGCAUGCGUUUCCUUUUGUCCAUUUAGUUUUCCAAAUAUUGACCACAUGUGUAAAGACCUCCUCCUCUCUGCUGUGGCUCAUUCUGGGGAUAUGAAGAAUCACUGAUGUUGAACGAUUUGGGAUUUCCAGCUCGAUUCUUGAUGCUUCAAAAACGCCUAUUGUGAACGCCGCCUGAGUAGCUCCCAGGAUGGGACGAGCCCACCUGUCCCACAUGACUGCUUCCUAAACAUCAGCUCCAGCUGCUGAUCUCAACAGGGUGUUAGACUUCCUCUUUGUGUGAUAUUGAUAAAUCCAGCUGCCAACUUGCUGGUCGAUGUGGCUGGUCAUCAUUUCCCAUCCUGACAGUAGAAACACAGAUGUUAGACACUCACCAGCUGUUUUGGCAGCUGGAACACUAUGUCAUGGUUUUACUUUUUUCUUCAGCAGACACUUUAUACAUUUGAAGACGUCUUCUCUAAAACACUAUCUGUUUGUUUUUGGGUCAAAAACAUCAAAUAUUUCUUUUUAUUUCAACUGAAACGUUUCAGUGACAAACUAAAAAAAGUCGUUUUGUGCAUCUUAACAAAAACAAAAACCAAACAAAAAAACGAUGUAAUUGAAACAAACAGGAACAGUGUCAUCUGCUACCUCGAGGAAUGUGUUUGGUGUUUUGCAUGAAGAACUGAUGUAGCUCUAUAAUCAGACUUUUUAUUUCUCUAUCAGAUGGUUUUUAAAGUGCUGGAAAGCCUUGAAAUGUUUUGCGAAGGUUGAUUAAUGAAGGAGGCUUGAAGUAUGGUGUCUGCUAUUUUGAGUUUUUGGGCUUUACAUUAAUUUUUGCUUUCCAAGGUCUUUCUGUACCUCUGUGUUUUUCUGUCUCCACCAUCGUUUUCUUUCACUCCUUCUCUCACACAGACUGUUGACUGGGAUCCAGCCUUCUGUGUAAUUACUUUUUAUCAGACUUGAAGCUCCAGAUGGUUUGGAUUUGCCACACACAUUUUAUACAGUGACAAGUCGGCUUACAAGUUUCACUGUUUGCUGUCACUGAAACUGUCUUUCUUUUAUCUGUCGUUCCUUCUCUAUUUUUCUCUUCCUCCGGCUUCAGCACAUGUUCAUGCUGCUUUUAGUUUCUUGUAGUUUUUUUUGUUUUUUACAGUGAAUCUGUUUGAUCCUUUUCUCCAGUUGAGUCACGGCUGUUUUCAAAAUAACACCCACGGUCACUCUGUUUACCAUACUGUGCACUAUAUUUAUAUCCCAUCAUUUUAUCUAAGUGUCCCAAUUAAGGCUGCAACGAAUUAUAAAUUUAGAUGUCGACUAGUCUGUUGAUCAUUUUUAUGAUUAAUCAGUCGUUUCUUCUAGAAAGUGUCAGGAAACGAUUAAGGAACGUCCCUCGCAGUUUCUCUGUAGUGAUUGUUAUUUCAGCCCAAACUUGAAGAUAAUCAAUAUGCAGUUAUAUGAAGCAUCAAAUCCUCACAGUUUAAACCAGAAAAUGUUGUGUUUUUUGCUUUAUAAAUUAAUUUAUCACCAAAAUAAAUCUGACUAUUAAACAGGGUUCUCAAAAUUUCAAAUAAAAAAAGUAGUGGCCCUGGGAAAAAUGAAAGAUGCUUAAAUGACAAUCAUGUGACCCUCCACCUGCCAGUAAUGAUGCAAAACAAUGAAUUCUAAGUGUCAGAAACCUCAGUUUACUGCGCAGUAGACAAGUGAUACUUAAUUAUUUUUAUUAAAAGUUAUUGUAUAGUGGAAUUUCAACUGAUAAGUUAAUUGAACUAGUAACUGAAUGUGCAGGACUUUGUAGGGAACAACUAACCAGUUAAAGAAGAUGUGGAGUUCUUCUGUUGCCGAUGAGGUCAUAUAACAUUGUUCUACACAAGUUCACAAUAAUUAAAUCUGUUCUUUACUGUCGGGACAUUAAAGGUUCUGUAAAGAUUGUGUUGCUCAAAAAAAUUAGCUUCUAUGGUCUGUCUCAUAUGUGAGUAAUAUAUCUAUAUGCGUUUCUACUGGGGUUUACUAAUGACUGUUAUAUUGGGGUUAGUGAGGGAGUGACUUACCUGCACAGGUCAGAGUGUGUGUGGAAGGAGCACUGAUAUAUGUCGAUGCCUUGGACAGUUGUGCCAAAAACUUGAGGAAAAUGUAACGGUGGUUGUGAUGUGUGUGUGUGUGUGUUGCUGGUUUUAAAUCCUGCAGUUAUUGAACAGAUUGUUAGAUUUUCCACAGGGAUGACAAAUGUUGGAGAGGGAAUGGGUGAAAGAGGGAAGGGAGGGUUGGGAAGUGUGUGUGUGUGUGUGGGGGGGGGAUAUAUCGUCCCACAUCCUCAAAUCAAAAGGAGCCGAGGGAACAGACAAACCUCUGAGUUCAGACUGACUGCUGACCCAAAUGUUUGAACAGUAUUUUAAUGAGUGUUUGGACUCGGCUCUAGAAAAUAUUUCAGUUUGUAAUUGGAUUAAGUUUUUUUUUUUUUCUGUGGUGGUCUCAUUAGAAAAGAGCUUUGUUGUGGAGGCUGACGACGAGCAAUACACCAUCUGUUUGAAUCUUGUGGCUGAUUUAUCAAAUAAGGAGGACCUAAUUAAAUAAUACUAAAUAAUAUGCUGUUUGUUACCAUGGAGACAACCUGGACUUGUAUGUUUUUCUAUCAUCUCACGUUAAUAUCAUGUUGUGUUCAGGACUGUGUGGUGCACAGGAGUUUUAAUUGUUUUUAUUUUCUCUAUGCUCUCGAUGUUUUGACAAUGUUUUAUUCUCUGAAGCAAAAAUAAGAAAAGGAGAAAUAUUUUGAAGCGUUUGAACAAAGUGUGUCAUGUUAGAGGAAUGCUGUGUUGUGCUGCCAUCUUGUGGACAGUACAUGUAUGUACCUUAAAACCAGUGAUUAUUAUACAGUAUGUAUGUAUGUAUGUGUUUUGCAACAUUAUGUGCAAUUUAAGAUAAGACAAUAAAUCUGGGAGUGUUUACCUCUGGCUCUGCA